CCAAGAGGAGAAGAUCCUGCUUGCCUGUGUAAUCCCUUCUCUCCGCGGCUCACGCGCUCAGCCGGCCGUCAUGGCGACCGCAGGGAGGCUCUACUGCGGGGUGAACCGCGUCUAGAAACUCCCCUGGGAUUCUGAUAUUCUUCCCUUGUGCCCGGACGUAGAUGUAACACCUUCUUCUGAGCUGCGGGAAUACUUUGGCUUGGACAAGCCUGUAUUACCAGAGAGGAGGAGAAGGGGCUUUCAGUGAAUAUCCUAGAGCGCCAUGGCAGAGCCAGAUCAAGAGACCAUCUCCUCUGGAGCAGGUCAGCGUCUUGGAGCCCCCGAGACUCUUGGCAUCAGCACUUUGGACCCCGGCCACAGGCCCCCGGCGAUGCCCCCUGGAAGACGUGUCACUGUCAGGGUCCGUAUGUUGGAUGACACAGAAGAGCUUUUCGACGUCUCGCAAAAAGCUUCAGGCAAGGUGCUAUUUGACAUGGUGUGCUCCCACAUGAAUCUGAUUGAAGGUGACUACUUUGGCCUGGAGUUUCAGAACCACCAAAAGAUGACGGUGUGGUUGGACCACAUCAAACCGAUUAUUAAGCAGCUUCACCGACCCAAGCACACGGUCCUGAGGUUUAGUGUGAAGUUUUUUCCACCUGACCAUGCACAGCUGCUAGAGGAGCUGACAAGGUAUCUGUUUGCGCUGCAGAUCAAACAGGAUCUCUCCUGCGGACGUCUGACUUGCAACGACACCAGCGCGGCUCUGAUGGUCUCCCACAUCAUCCAAUCCGAGAUUGGAGACUUUGACGAUAGUCACUGCCGCUCACACCUGCUGAACAACAACUACAUUCCAGAUCAGAUGCCCCUGAUCGACAAAAUCAUGGAGUUUCACUCCAAGCAUAUAGGUCAGUCACCCGCAGAAUCAGAUUUUCAGUUGCUAGAGGUCGCUCGCAAGUUGGAGAUGUACGGGAUCCGCCUGCACCCUGCCAAGGAUCGAGAAGGAACCAGCUUGAGUCUGGCUGUGGCUCAUACAGGCGUUUUGGUCUUCCAGACACACACGAGGAUCAAUGCCUUCAACUGGUCCAAGAUUCGCAAAAUGAGCUUUAAGCGAAAACGUUUCCUCAUCAAGCUCAGGCCGGAUCUAAAUAGUUCCUAUCAGGACACUCUGGAGUUUCUGAUGGCCAGUAGGGACUGCUGUAAAGUCUUCUGGAAGAUCUGUGUGGAAUAUCACGCCUUCUUCCGCCUAUUUGAGGAACCAAAACCCAAACCCAAGCCUGUGCUCUUCUCACGAGGAUCGUCCUUCAGAUUUAGCGGCCGCACACAGAAGCAGGUGAUUGAUUACGUGAGGGAAUCGGAGUUCAAAAGGAUCCCGUUUGAAAGGAAACACAGCCGGGUCCGAUACAACAGUCGAGUUCAACACAACAGUCGUUUGUCGCCGCUGCCUUCUCCUCGCCACCAUGAAGUGCCAUCAGAAAGUGGUGUUCCUGAGGACAGACUCAGUUCUUCUCCUCGGCGCCAUUGGAAGGAGUCGGUGCUUGUCAGUGCUGAAGAUCCAGCAGCUUUACAGGCUUCAAGAAUGAGUCCUGUCCAGAGAAACGGCUACGAAGACAGAAAGGGGUCUGUUUCCAAGACUGAGGGAUCAAGAGGGUCAACACGACAGACGUCCCCCGAACAUCUUAGCCAAGGCGUGGUUCCCCACAGCCCUCCACUGUCUGGACACCCCCAUGGGAUGGUGAAUGGUCAGAAGUCUCUGGAGCUGUUCAGCCACAGUCUCGACGGCCGCCAGCCUUCGCCUCUUACCAGCCCGCUGCUCAACGACGCCUGCAGUAUCCGCACCGAUGAUGAGGAUGAGGUCCGGAGGAAGAGGUUCCCUACUGAUCGGGCCUAUUUCAUCGCCAAAGAGCUGCUGACCACAGAGAGGACUUAUCUGAAGGACUUGGAGGUGGUGACUGUGUCGUUCCACAGUGUGGUGGGACAGGAUGAGGAAACCCCUGACACCCUGAAGAACUCGCUUCUCUCCACCUUCGAGCCGCUCCACAAGUUCCACACUGGUUUUCUCAGAGAGGUGGAGCAGAGGCUGGCUCUAUGGGAAGGACGGUCCAAUGCUCACAUCAAAGGAGACUACCAACGCAUUGGAGAUGUGAUGCUGAAAAACCUCCAAGCCUUGAAGCUAUUGUGCUUGCAGCCUCUGACAACAAACAUGCAUAAGCAGUCUGAGAUCCUCCUUGAGCUGGAAAAAGCAUGUAAGGCAUCACGGAGGGUGGAGAACUUGUACAGAGACUUUGAGUUGCAGAAAGUGUGCUACAUUCCACUGAACGUCUUCAUCCUGCGGCCUCUCCACCGCCUCAUUCAUUACAAGCAGAUCCUGGAGCGCCUGUGUAAACAUUAUCCAGCAACUCAUGUGGACUUCAGGGACUGCAGAGCUGCUCUGGCUGAUGUCUCCGAGGUGGUGGAGCAGCUCCAGGGGAGUCUGAUCAAGAUGGAGAACCUGCAGAAGCUUCUUGAGCUAAAAAAAGAUUUGCUUGGUGUCGACAAUCUGGUGGUUCCUGGUCGAGAGUUCAUCAGAUUAGGCUGCCUUAGCAAACUGUCUGGAAAAGGCCUUCAGCAGCGAAUGUUUUUUCUGUUUAAUGACAUCAUUUUGUACACGAGUCGGGGGAUGACGGCGACCAAUCAGUUCAAAGUGCACGGGCAGCUGCCUCUCCGUGGCAUGACAAUCAGAGAGAGCGAAGAUGAGUGGGGUGUGCCUCACGCCUUCACCUUGGUUGGACAGGGACAGUCAAUGGUAGUAGCAGCAAGUUCUUUGACAGAGAUGGAGAAGUGGAUGCAGGACAUCAAGAUGGCGAUAGAGAUGGCUAAAACCAGCAAUGGUCCCACAUCUGAUGUGCUGACCUGCACCCUGACUGACAACAAAUGCCCAGAGGACUCCCCGGCAGAGGCAGAGUCUGAGGACGAAAUGGCGACUUCACACACAUCGCUGGAGAAGCCCACGCCUCAUCGUGGCAACACCAUGGUGCACGUGUGCUGGCACAGGAACACCAGCGUGUCCAUGGUGGACUUUAGCGUAGCUGUGGAGAAUCAGCUUUCAGGAAACUUGUUAAGAAAGUUCAAAAACAGCAACGGCUGGCAGAAGCUCUGGGUGGUCUUCACCAACUUCAGCCUGUUCUUCUAUAAAUCUCACCAGGAUGAUUAUCCUCUGGCCAGCCUUCCUCUACUGGGGUACUCUGUCACAGUUCCCUCUGAUAAUGAAAACAUUCACAAAGACUACGUCUUCAAGCUGCAUUUCAAGUCCCAUGUAUACUAUUUCCGAUCAGAAAGUGAAUACACUUUUGAAAGGUGGAUGGAGGUCAUCCGCAGCGCCACAGUCCCAUCAAGCCGGAACAGCAAACAUCCUCACCCUCACUGAUUGGGUUCUAGUUGGAUUUCCCUUCACUCUAUAUGGAUGGCAUCUGCCCGUCCCGCCAAGCCCCAUUCCUCAGCAACACUUUGCUUUCCUUCUCUACAUAACCGGGACAUUUUUACAUGUGUACACGCACACUUUGUGCUCUUUAUUUUUUAAAGGCUUCGAAUGGUGACAUGUCCGCUGGUUUAGACUGCAUCAGAGACUGUGUUUUUAUUCCCCCAACUCUGAAACCUCUUUUUACAGAUGUCAUUUUAUACAGCUUUUCUAACCGUCUGAACCAAUUUCCAGACUCUCUGGUUUUACAUUAGUCAUUUUUGCAGUGGGAACAUAUUGAUUUAGAUUCUUACUUGGAGGGAAGAAUUGUGCCCAGCCUCCUCAUAUUUUGUUUUCAGCUUUGAAGAUGACCCGCCGUGUCUGUGCCAAAUUGGUUUAUAGCAACAUCAGGGACUUUUUAAGGAGUAGGAUGUCCCCCUGUGUGCCGAUAAGAAACAGACCCUCCUUUAACUGUUGCAGCUCUGCACCCAACUGGCCCAGCAUUGUGGCUCUAAAGUAAAGAGUGAAAUUAUUGAACCACCAGGGGGAGCUGCCAUCAUCACUAAUGCUGUCUUAAAUGAAGUGAAUCCUCUACUAGCUGAUCUUCGUUCUAUGGAAACUGAGUAUUUUUGUAAACUCUAAAUUGAGUGAUAGUAUCACUUCAUAAUCUCUGCAUUAUGAGGGAAUGUGGAACUGAAAGCUUUAAGAGUGUGUGAGGGAAAAAAGUAAAAAAAAACUUUCAAUAUGAAUUUGUUUAUCAUCCUGACCCCUGAAUAUAGGUCUAUGUAUGGAUCUGAAUGAAUAAAGUAUGCAGCUAAGUGUUAUGAAAUGGUUAAAAAAAGGAAAAAAAAAGUUUUUCGUUGUUGAUUUUUUUGAGAUAAGAAGGCUUUUGGAA